GCCAUAAAACCCCAGUUUCAGCAUCCAGACCGAAUGGCGAAGGUAAAAUCACAAUAUCCGGAGGGGGAUAAGUUCAAGCUAAUAUGUGACGCCAUAGGAACGCCAGGUCCAACGGUCACAUGGUACAAGGGUAAAGAUAUAUAUCUUGGUCAUAGAUCUGACGAGACGAUAACACCAGGGCGUUAUGACUAUGAAAUAUAUUUCAACGGGGUGGAUAUCAAAGACAAAGGAAAUUACAUAUGCGUUGUGAAAAACUCAUAUGGUACUUUGGUUCAUUCAUACGUCUUUGACGUGAAGGGUAAGUGACAUGGAAUGGCGAUGAUUGCUAUUAUAAAAUCACAUGUUUGUUUAAUUAAAGGACAUUGUCCAAUAACGAUGAUUCGUGGCUAAAAUGUAAGUUAGUUCAGGUAAGAUGUGAUUGAGCAAGCAUGCUGAGGUAAAGGGAUUAUGUUACAUUAAAAUCCAACCUAGACUCUCUGCUAAAAAGGUCAGGAAGUGACCAGGAUUAAAUUGAGUCAAAUUACAAAUAUUCAAUUGGAGAAACGGUGGCCUGACGGUUCACGCUCUGGUCGGUUUUGUUACAGGAGAACGACGUCACUCGUAUCAUUUCAUGGAAGCGAGACCACUUGAUAAAGGAGUUAUGGGAAAUGAAAAUUGAAAAAAAAAUGGAAUGAAUAGUAUUCGGAAAACAGGAUACCCAUACCUUUCUAAACGGAACCUUGGAACUAUUUCUACAGUUUCAGUUUGCUAGUGAGAACAAUGCACGACACUUCUUGUAAAUUGCAUUCAAUACUUGAUCAUGUGGGGUGGAAGGGAAAUUCCCUUUAAAAAAAAAAACUGGUCAUUAUUUCAUUUAGAACCGUGGAUUUGAUAUCUAUGCACAUUACCACUACUGGUCUUGAUUUAAUUUUUUCCCAAAAUUUUUCAGCUCCUUCAGGUUGCAACCUCAACAGAUCAAUGUGCAGUUUUACCCAGGCCAGCACCCAGGGCGGGAUUGAUGAACUAACUUGGACGCGUGAGCCUGGAACUCUUUCCUUUGACGAAGAACACCUUGUUAAUCACACUGGAUAUGUUAAAGCAGCGGUGAUCAAAAGUAACAUUUACUUCCUGUGGAUACUUAGAUAUAUUUUGUAAAAAGAUAUUUCUGCAAAGAAAAGUUUUCUUUUCAAUUACGCGUCGGCGAGACCUCACUGUGAAAUUAUUUUGAGAUGUCAAUCAUCUUUUGUCUUGUCUUCGGAUCUACUGGGCAUUUAAUUCACUGAUUGAAAUGAUAAAAUUCCCUCUCUUCAAAAUUUUUAUCUUGUUCCCAUUGCACAUUAAGGAUCUUUCUGCUUGGAAGAGUUUUAUUUGUUUAUCAUGCGUCCACGAAAGGCCUUCGUGAAAUAAAAAUUGUCUUCUGUAGUGUCGAGGUAAGCACUGAAAAAUUAUUUCUUCGGUUCUGUUGAAAACAGCUGGCUAAUGUACGAUAAAAUUCUCUUUUUUCAAAGGGAAGUGUUUUUGUUAAGGUUUCUUAGAUAAACUGAUCACAUUCUCUUGUUCUAAAAGGAAAAGUUUUCUAUUAACCCUUUUACCUCCCAUGAGUGACCAACAGAGAAUUUCUCCUUAAAAUAUCAACACAAUAUCAGGCAUAGAAGUGAUGAGAAUAAAGUAAAAUAUCAAUUAGGGGAUUAUUAGUUGAUCCAGUUCCAAAUUCUCCCAAUUGGUCUCAUAAUUAUUGUAUGUCAGAUAGUAAAGAGAAUUACCAAUGAGAUCUAAGGAGUUAAAGGGUUAAGCGGGCGAGGGGCCAUGAUGAACGAGUGAUUUUGGAAAAAACGUCACGGCAACCACAUCUUGGGUGUUGUCAGCACAAAAUAAUUUUUUUCGAGUGCACUCUUCUUUAUUUAGUGUAUGCUGCUUAGGGUUAGUGAUUAAAACUCUAAUUCCAAUUAUUGAGAGAAAGCAUGAUGGUUUUAAAUGCUGUGUACACUACAGAGAUUUCGUUGUUGGAGUACCUUUUCGUGAAAAUACGGUCAACAGUGUUUACAAGUCUAGAAAAACAAUAGCAGUCGUGUCUAAAAACUUUUUCAACAGCAAUUAUAGUGGUUCUGAGAUGGAUUACGCCCUCCAUCGACUUAUGGAAAGGAAAGAUGAUAGUGUAGUCGUCAUCAAACUUGAUGACGUUGACAGAGGAAAACUCCCCAAGGAGUUGCGAAAAAGGAGUUAUAUUGACUAUCCAAAGACUGUUGAAAAGGAUCACUGGGAAAGAAAACUAGUUAAUUGUUUAAAGACCCCAAACAGUCAGCUACAGGAACAGAUUUUGUAA